AUGUUCCAAAUCAAGACAUUGAACGACCUCCAUAACCCUUCUGAAAAUGAAAUUCAACUUUGCGAUCGACUCUUAACCCCGGAUUUCUUUCCCAACAGUGUCUGGGUAAUGGGACUACGAGCGUAUUUUACCCAAGCCGUUGUCCAGUUCGAAAAGAUUCUUGCUAUUGAUCCUCAUCGUAUUGAUGACAUCGAUAUCUACUCCAAUAUUCUCUACGUAACCGGCAAUAAUCUGAAGCUUUCAAAGCUGGCUCAUGAAUUUUUGGCUCUAGAUAAAGACCGGCCAGAAGUUUGCUGUCUCAUUGGAAAUCAUUACUCAUUGCGUAUUGAACAUGAGAAAGCCGUCAAAUACUUCAGGAGAGCCACGCAACUUGAUCGGACCUACCUCUCUGCUUGGACUUUGAUGGGGCACGAGUACGUCGAGAUGAAAAACUCACAUGCUGCUAUCGAAGCAUAUCGUCGUGCCGUGGACGUCAAUCGAAAGGAUUACCGAGCAUGGUAUGGUCUAGGACAAGCUUAUGAACUCCUCAGCAUGCACCACUACGCUCUCCACUAUUAUCAACGCGCAACGGCAUUACGUCCUUACGAUGUCCGGUUAUGGCAAGCACAGGGAAUGUGUUACGAAGAAAUUGGAAGACUCCGAGAAGCAGUGGAAUGCUACAAGCGCGCCUUGAUACCUGCAGAUCCCCAUGAGAUUACGAUCAACCUCAAACUGGCGAAAAUCCAUCGUACCCUAGAGGAGCACUCGGAAGCCGUGGCAUAUCAUCGGCGUGUCGUCGAAGUUUGCCAAGCAGACUCGCGUCCCGUUCAAGAUUUUUCAAAAUCAAUUUUGGAAGUUGCUGAAUAUGAGAUGCAAAUUCCAAACGAUGACGGUGAUUUGAUUCUUGCCAAAGAUUAUCUGGAAGUGGUUGCUACAAGUAAUGCUGAAGAUGUCGUAAGAGCGACCGACUUGCUUAAAAGAGUCAAGGCCAUGAUUGAAAAGAAAAAAAAGCUAGGCUAG